GGUUCCAAGUAGAGUCGCCGGAGAUCAAGGCAAUGGACAAAUUGUUGACCUUCGAACAAGGCACGCUGCCGAGUGUUGGCUGGAUUGCCGAGUACCAACGCUUGACAUCCGCCCCAGACAUUCAGAUGGGCUUCAAGGCCGUCAACCACUACUUCAUCACGAGGUCGUGUCCGACAUUGGGCAACGCCUUGAAUCACGUCGAGGACACCCUGACGACAUUGACGGAGCUUUUUAACAAGGCCGCGCAGAUCAUUGUCACGAACAAGGAGGCCAAGGACCUCAAUCGUUCAUCUGCGACAGGCCCGAGCAGAGAUCAGCAUCGACCGAAAGUGGUCGUGGUUGUGGCAGCAACACCAACCGACCCUUCUAGCGAGGUCGUGUCUGCCAAUGAAGGGGACAGACUCGCAGCCGCCCGGGAUGGUGGCUGCCCCAGCAAAGGCCGAGGACGUGGCAAGAUGAAGACAAACGCCAUAUCUAUCACCGGGCCCGACGCAACAGCUCCAGCCCCAUGGUCCCACUGUGAUCUCUCCAAACAUGCGUACAAGCUGCGCACGAGAUUCCACUAUUGUCUGUGGUGUAACAGUGAUGUCCACGACACAGCUGACGCAGAUGCCCAGGCCCGCCUCAAGGAGGCCCGGGAUCUGCUACAGCGGCACGAAGCCACCAGCAUCGACAAGCUCAAGUUCAGGCAUUUCAAACCAUCCGACGGCCAUGACGAUGCAACACCGGAAGAGCAGCACAAGGAGCUCCUCUCCAAACUCGUGACCCGGUUGGUUUACACUAGUAACCACCUACAGUUCGAGUUAGAGAAACAACACCAGGAACUGGCGAAACAGCACCAAGAACUGGAGAACCUCCGAUGGCCAGUGUGGAACCACAAGGAUCUGCACGAGAGUGCUACACGGGCACUUGAUUCCCGUGUACAGGACUUGGAGCAAGCAGCACCAAGACCAGACGUUGGGGAACCCAACAAUGCAGCCUCAACCCGCCAGUUGGAGCAACGAGUUGACCAUGUAGUCGCAAUGCUCGGCGACAUCAGCACCUUCGCCCCACCAGCCACCAUCAGCGAGCAGCUCAACACCUUGCAGACCGAACUUAGGCAGCUACACCAGCUGCCCAACAAUGAUCACAACACCAGUGCAUCGAAGCACUACAAGAUGUCGACGUCCAGGAUCGAGAAGGUUGACGACUAUACGCAUCAGGACCUAGUCAUCUGGCUCAGCCACAUGCCAACCACCCACGACGUCCAGAUCAACAACUUACACAAGAAGAUCUCCUGGGAAGAUCUAACGAGAGAAUGGAAGAGGCGGUUCAUUGUUGACGACGCCCCGACGCUCGCCAUCAACCGCCUGUUCGCCAUGACGCAAGGCAACACAUCGACGCACCACUGGCUCACGGAAUGCCAAAAGAUCGUGGCAACCCCCGACCUGGACUUGCCAUUUUUGCAUUUGCGCCAAGGGUUCUACAACCGGUCGUGUGCCGCCUUGAGCCUCGCACUCGGUGAUCGCAAGCAGUGCACGACCUUCGCCGAAAUCAUCGACGAGGCGCGAGAGAUCAUCAAGACCAACCGGGCGGCUGCACACGAGAAGCCAGCGUGGCAGCCAGCCUAUGUGGAGAAGGGAAAAUUUGGUCCACGUCCGCAGCCCGUCGCUGCAGUCCAACCGGACAACAUUGUGGAAGACCCGGCAGCCACCCCAGCAUCACAUGAGGGAGAUCAGGUGGCUGCUGUCCAGCCGCGAUGCAACAACAACUCCCCACCAACUCUGUUGAUGGACGCCGGAGUAGAGGUUGUUGACCUUCACGACUACGUUGUGAAAAUCGACCGCGAGUUCAAGACACAACGCCGGAGUUUGGACGAGCAUGUGGAGCACUUGUGCACCAUUUUGGAACGGCUACGACAAGCCAAGUACAAAGCCAACCGCGACACAUGCGAAUUCGCGCGACAAGAGCUCGAGUACUUGGGCCAUUUUGUGACGCCGCAAGGCAUCUGUCCGCUCGCGGACAAGAUCGAGGCCAUCCGAGUAUGGCCCGAGCCCACCAACACCACAGACGUUCUGUCAUUCAUGGGGUUGGCAGGCUACUAUUAACACUUCAUCACGGGGUACUCAAGGAUUGCCGCACCAUUGACGAGAUUACAAUUGCCAAAGGUGCC